AUCACAAGUGACCUUGGCGCUCGUAGUGACAUUUUGAAUUCGAAAUCUAGAGGUCGCGUUUGUUUCUCUCGAGAUGAAUCCCAUCAUCUUUGAUGAUGUAGCCAAUUCUGUAUUCAAGCUACGGAUGUAUCCGUAUUUUGAUAUUGCUAAUUACAUCUUGAUGAGUAUAUCUGUAAAAGAAGAUACUCCUCAAUCAGGCUCUCUAAGUUUCUCGAGACGUCACCCAUUUUCGUGCUGGUUAGCCACUAUGCUUAUGUGUUUUGGAGGGGCCAUCCUUUCUAACUUCAUCACAGGUUCGCCUCUGUUCGAAUGUUUUGAUGACACAAUCUCCGUUUUAACGGCUACUGUUGUAUGGUAUCUCAUAAAUUAUUUCCCAUUUGAUCUUCUGUAUCGACUCUGCAAAAUACUACCUGUUCGACUACUGGUGUGCUCAUUAAAGGAGGUUCAGAGAGCGAAGAAGAUUUUCAUUGGUGUACAUCAUGGUCUUCAUCUGUUCCCAAAUUCGCCUGUGAUGUGUGUUCUCCUAGGUCUUUUGAAGGGUGCAGGUUAUUGUGAGAUGAAAUUAAUACAGCGUCUUGUUCGUGGUGUAUGGCUACCAGCAACUAAUGAAUUUCUCCAUCCCACUUUCACUACAAAAAUUUCGUUACUUGCUGCUAUUGCAUAUUAUUGUCAUCAUUUGGAUAUAAUACCGUUACCGGAAAAUCAAUUAUUCCUAGUUAUAAUGAUUUUGUUUGUUUACCUCAGAAUUACUAUGAUUCUACUGGGUUUAAAAGAUCCAUUUGUACCAUUUGAGAAUGCUGUUUGUAAGCUGUUGUUUGGUGGUACUGUCGACGCUAUUCGUAGUGCUUUUGAACGUAGUCGUAGCAAGGCAUCUGAAGCUAUGCCUUCAAACUUGUCAAAUGUUAGCGGAACAACUUCAUCAUCAACGGCCAAUAUGACUGGGAAUGCAAAUUUCUCUUCAACUGGUACGGGAACAGGACAAAGCGGUCAAGGUUUACCUAAUAGUAAUGCAAACAGUUUCAAUUCAAGUGGUCUACGUGACGCUGCCAAUCGUCAAACACCAUCUUCAGGUGAUAAGAAACGUGACUAGUAUUAUACUAAACAAAAUAUUUUGUAGACUUACCUGUUUUAUCUGUCACCUCUAAAUGCUUCUUUCUUCAAGGGAAUAUUAUCCAUAUUCCAAAAUUCAUACCUUAGUUGGGUAUGCUAUGUAAAUUAGAUCUCUUCUUUCUAUAUGUCCUUGCAUUUAUCCAUGAAUGUUCACAUGAUGAGCAUAGUUAAUGUUUGUUUCUAGAUUGAUUUGUUGUUCAGUUAAAUGUUAAUUUUUUCAUUAUUAAAUUAUACAUUUCACAUAACUAUUGUUUUAUGCACCUUCUAUACUUUAAGUCUUAUAGUUCCACAAUUCGUUUCGUCUCUUUUCUUGUAUUGUGGAACUAAAAUACAAAUCAGUUAAGUGUAGUAAAUAUACGCCUACAUGUACGUUCCACUGUGUUUCGUCUUUUUUUUUUAAAUUUCUUCACCCUUUCCCACUAGUUUCCUGUAACACUGAGCCUUUAUUUCACAAACUGUUCUAUUCUUGUUGUUAUUCUCUUUGUAAUUCAUUUUGCUUACACUUUUAAUUACCCAAUUUAUCAGUUGUUUUUCCAAUCCUUUAUCCCUUCCCAUAUCUAUCCCAUUCUUCCUAAAUGUAUCUCUAUACUUUACUAUUACUAUACUCCUCAAGGCCUUAUUUAAAAUUAAGAUUAGCUUGAUUGUUCGAUAGAAUUUCAGUUUUUUGUCUGUUUAUUCUAUAAAUUGCAAAUUUGUAUAAAAUUCAGUUUUUAUUUUUAGAAAAAUAAUACUGUUACAUUAUAUAUGAUAAUAAGGAACUUGGUUAUUAGACUGGUAUUAAAUGUGAAGAAUGUUAUACUCUUACAAAGUGUGGAUCGUUAAUCUGAAUAAAGUUGAUCCAAC